GAACUAUAGCGGCGACUCCAACUACGACCCAAGUGUGAGGGCGUCCUGUCUCCGCGCGUCACACACUGAUCCGGGGGGCUUUAACAACGCUGCGGAAAACUUGCGUAUAUUUGAUUUUCUCCUCUAAUUGAAGACAUAAGUGAUGCUCGCUAUGUGGAUCGACUCUGAGGCUGAAUGAACUGCGAUUUUCCCAUCUGAGAGCAGUUUAAUAUGCUCUUUAUUUCAGAGGAUUAAAGAUGGGUUCUGUGAUGUUGGACUGGAGGUUAUCAUGUCUUCUUCUGCAGGCAGCUGCUUUGCUGCUGCUCAGCAAGGGGGAGAGGAUGUGCCCUGCGAGUUGUCGCUGUGAAGGGAAGAUUGUUUAUUGCGAGUCUGGCAUUUUCCAAGGCAUCCCAGAAAACAUCACCACAGGAUGCCAAGGUCUGUCUCUGCGCUAUAACAGCCUGCUGGUUCUGUUGCCGUACCAGUUCGCUCACCUCAAUCAGCUUAUCUGGCUUUAUUUGGACCACAACUCCAUCAAAGACAUAGAUGCUUUAGCCUUUCACGGUGUGCGCAGGCUCAAAGAACUCAUCCUCAGCUCCAAUAAAAUAACUCAUCUGCACAAUAACACGUUCAGUGCCAUACCAAACCUGCGGAAUCUGGACUUAUCUUAUAACCAGCUGCAGUCUCUGCAGCCGGGGCAUUUUUAUGGUCUGCGCAAGCUACAAAAUCUCCAUCUUCGAUCUAAUGGCCUGAAACAGAUCUUCAUUCGUACGUUUCUGGAAUGCCGCAGUCUGGAGUUUUUGGACUUGGGUUACAAUCGCCUUCGGAGCCUCACACGCACAACCUUCUUAGGGCUGUUCAAGUUAAAAGAACUUCAUUUAGAGCACAAUCAAUUUUCCAGGAUUAAUUUCUUCAUUUUUCCUCGCCUUACCAACCUCCAGGCUCUUUAUUUGCAAUGGAACCGCAUACGAUCCAUCAACCAAGGCGUGCCUUGGACCUGGCAGAAACUACAGAAACUGGACCUGUCAGGGAAUGAAAUCCAAAUCUUGGAUCCAGCGGUUUUCCAAUGUAUGCCGAAUUUACAAAUACUCAACCUUGAGUCGAACAAGCUCAGUAGUGUGCCUGUGGAAGCGGUGGCAGCUUGGACCUCACUAACCAGCGUUAGCCUGGCAGGUAACUCCUGGGACUGCAGCCCAAGCAUCUGCCCUCUCAUGGGGUGGCUCAGAAACUUCAAAGACUCCAAAGACAUCAGUAUGAUAUGCAGCAGUCCCAAAUCUGUGCAGGGCGAAAGAGUCGUGGAUGUGGUGAAAAAUCACUCGACGUGUGUGGAUGUGCUGAAUGUUUUCUCCACCACUGCUUUCAUUGUUCUUACUUCCACCCAAGCUGUGAACAUCACAACUAGUUUUACGGACCCUGAUACUGAGACACCUGCACAGACCUUAACCCCUUCACCUGUCAGUCCUAGUGGGACGGACACAAAGACAAUAGAGUCUAUAAACAUGAACUCCACAUCACCCAUCUCCCCUGAACCCCCUACAUCGUUUGUCCCAGAGCUACAGUUUGAACAUAUGGCUUUCCAUAAAAUCAUUGCAGGCAGCGUAGCCCUGUUCCUGUCAGUGUCAUUGAUCCUUCUGGUUAUUUAUGUCUCGUGGAGGCGCUACCCCAACACCAUGAGGCAGCUGCAGCAGCACUCAGUCAACCAUAAGCGCAGGAAAAAGUCCCAUAAACAGGAGCAGGACCUUAACACUCAGUUGCAAGAGUACUACCUGAGCUACCAUUCAAACACAGAGACGAUGGACUCUUUGGUGAAUGAGACGAGGCCGUGCACGUGCACCAUAUCAGGAUCCAUCGAAUGUGAGGUCUGAGCUGCCAACUCCACCUUACGAGACUUAAAAGUGCAAUUGCUAAGCAGAGGUAAAUGGGUUUUUCCACAAGAUUAAGUGCUUUUAUCUCUAAUGUGAGAUGAUAGAUUCUGCAGCACUGAAGGAAAUACUUGGGGGCAUAGUACAAUAUCAUUAUGUGCACAGAAAAGAAGACUGGAAAGGAGGAGAUAUAUUUGGAGCUAAUUAUCACACUGACUGACACAGGAACAGAGGUGGGGUCAGCCAGGUCAGCUGUGUACGAUCUAAUGUAACUCCUGGACCUGUGCUACAGUAGAAGUCAGUCCUGUAGAGAGACUGACCUUAUUCUUAGUCAAACUGUAUCGCCAUAGAACAUACAAAUGACAAAGCCACUUUUUACUCGCUAGUUUGAUUUUUAUUAUGUAGCUUGUAAAGCAUUUAGUUUGUAUGUAUGUGUGCAUUUUUGGGUGUAUGUGUGUGUGUGUGUGUGUGUGUGUGUGUGUGUGUGAGUGUAUUAUGGGGAUGAUCUGAUAGUCUCCAGGUUUACUGAUUGCUGGUUGGAAGAGUUACAGUGUUGCACUUUGUUCUCAAAAGAUAGUAUUUGUCCAGUUAAACUGUUCUGCGUUUGGCAUACUAGUGCAGCAACUUGCAGUAGCACUACCACAAAAUGUGGGGGAACAAUUGUAGAGAGCAUCUUGUCCUGAGAUCUUUUGCAUGAAUUCAUUCUCCUUACUUAAGAUGCCCUUCUCUCCUACCAAAUGAUCAGUUCUAAUUGAUGUUUGAGUUGCAUUUCGGUUCAUUGUGUUACAAUCCUGUCACCAGAAUAAAUGUUGGCACUGUGUGUUUAUGCAAACCACAGAUACAUCGUACAUAUUUUGAAUCUUGGCGUUUCUGAAACCCUGUUCUCAUUCUUUACACAUGGUUUUAACGUCAUAAUUCAAACAAAAACUGAUUUGGAAUUUUGGUAGGGUACUUGAUUAAGGUUAGGAAAAAGGGUCAGGGUUUGUGAUAACAAAAGAAAUACUUUACCACAAUAAAAAGGGCUAUGAGACGCAGUUACAUGGGUGACUGAAGGAGAGCAUAUAUAUUGUUUGUUCCUACCCUCAAGUACAACCCACAGAAGCAAUUCCAAAAUUAAUUUUAUUUCUACUGACAGUAGAUCAACACAUCGCCCUACCUAAACAGUGGCCAUUUUAAACAUGCAGUUAUUGUAACAUCCACAAUUAUGUUACGUUUAGGAAACAAAAAUGUCCUCAUGUAAGGGAAAAAGUACAUGGUUAUAUGUUCUAAAACACAGUUAAAAAAGUCAAAUGAAUACAAGUAACUUACGGAAAAGAGGUAGUUAUUGGAGCUGGCAUUUUUUAACCAGACGUUACAUCAGAUAUCGUCUGGAAAAUGUUUAUUUUUCAUUUCACACAGGACAUGAACGUUGGCCUCAUGUGUCGAUGUGUUGUGUUUGUCUGACCCCUCUGUGGACCUUAUUGUUCUUUAUACUCCUAUACUUUCCUCGCUUCCGCCUUUGCUUGUAUACUCUGUAAUGUCCCUUCUGUGUUGGCGACCUUCAUAAUUAGUGUGGCCACUAGAGGGCGCCCUUAACUACAGAUAUUACAGAUACUACAUAUGGAUCAUAAUAAGCAAACAAAACAUGGGGUUGUAUUUUGGGGGAGGACAGUCUCCCGGGGUGAAAGUCUGGUGUCUGUUUUACCUGUCCAGCCAUCUUACCUCCUCAGUUUAGUUUUUACUCUACGUCUCCCGCUUGGUGUGUCUCAUACACUCAAAACGUUUCAGAUCUGUGGUUUGGGAAAUGUACAAUGCCAACAUUUUUUUAUGUUGACUGGGCUGUGUAGUACAGGCCAAACAAACUCUUUAAGUUUAAUCUCAGGAGUGAUGUUUUCCAAGCUGUAAAAAUCAGUCAGGUCCAAUGAUGGCCGCAAUGUGUGAAAAGUACUGAUGUUGAUUUUCAUAAAGAAUUUUGUAUCGAUUAUUCCUAUCAUUAUGAUUAUGCAUUGUUUGUGUAAAGACAUAAUAUGGGUACUAGGCAUUCUAUGUGAUAAUGACUGUAUAAUUAAAAGAAACACUUGACAAUUGAUGAAAAAA